AUGGCAGGAUUUCCAACCGGACAAGCUCUGAGAGAUAUAUUCUCAUCCUUGAAGGAUUACUUCUUGCCCCAACCCAUUGAACCAGUCGAAGUUCCUGUUGCUCCUCGGAAUACUAGGCCCCUCUCGGAGCCAGAAAUUUCCCAGUUACGACGUGAGCAAGCGAACGCUAUUGAUAAAUACUUUGAUGGGGAAUUAGACAAGAAAAUUUUUGACGAGCUUAAUAACAAAAGCCGAAGUCUACAAUGGAUGCCGGAUAUUGACCCCGAAAGUCCCCUUUGGCAAGAAACCCGUGCAUACUAUGCCGAGCUUCUCAAAUCCCAGAAAAUAUCUGACGUUCUUGAUGAUCACUUUGAAGAGAUCCAAAAGAUUCUGAUCAACCCUCAGGCGUGGAGUAAUGAGGUUCAAGCUGUUAGAGAUCAACAAAGUAGAGACUAUUAUGAAAACAUUGGUCCCAAUGGACGCUUCGAUGGGCAACUCGAUAAUCUCGCCACAAAAAUGACAAUGGUUCACUUUGGUCUUCCUGUAGCUCCAAUGACAUUGAACAAUAUCAUGGUCCUCACUCCAGAAUGGAGAGAUUCCGAGGAUGAUGAAGAAGAUCCCGCCCCUUCUCCCCCUCGAACACAAAGAAUUGUUUAUUCCGAGAAGCCUCUGGAAUUCUUGGAUUCAUACUUCGAAAGAGCUUUUGGAUACCAAAUAAUCCGACGUCCCCGAGUAAGCAUGCGAGGUGGUGCUGGUUCUAUUGAAGAAUUGGAUUUUGCAGAUAGUAGUGAUUGUGAAUGGGGUUCGACCAUUAAUAUGCGUGGCGGGGCUGGUAAAGAGCCUGCACUGAAAGGGCUCUACCUUGAUCUAUUGGGCCCAGGUCCUGUACACCAAUCUCGCCGUACACAUCUGACUUCAGAAGAAUUCCUUGCUUCUGCACAUGAGCUUCUAAAUUUCCCGGAUGCUGCGGACCUGCGCUUCAACAUUGAUAUUUACCGCCAGACAGAUCCACAGCGUUUUGUUGGUGAACAUACUCCUGAAUUCUAUGAGGAUUUGGGUCGUUUGGCCCGAGAGUUCCCUGAUGAGAGUAGGAAAGUAUCCAGGCAUAAGAUUUAUUCGUAUUUUGGACAGAGGGAAACCACUCCAACAUAUCUUGAUUUCAAACACGGCGUCACGAAACUUUUGAACAUAGAUCCGAGAUCCAAUUGGUCUUUCUUGGUUGAUGUUCAUCUUCAAGAUCGCAUACUGUCACCAAUGCAUUUUACUAGAAUGCAAUACAGAAACGAUUUUCUCGCUCUCAGGGAUGAGUACCUCCUUGGUGCAGCAAGUAACAACGCGAGAGUCUUCGUUCGUAAUGUUAGUGGAUAUGCGCCAGCACAACUAAAUGUCGUCGAACCAGCUGCAGAUAACAUUCAGAUAGUUAGGCUGACCAAUCAACAAAACAGAACGGAGAGUUAUUGGAAAGUACCUUUAGACCUAUCAGAGAAGCCACACCCAUAUUGUAUCAAUCAUUUACAGCCUGCGUUCGUUAGAGCUUUCACUGCCAUUUUCGGUAGAGAUCGUCCUUGUCGUAACGUAAAUCUUUUUACUUCACAGGAUGGAAAGGAUUUCCAACAUUACAUUGGUACUGGUGGUAUGGAAGUAACUUCCCAAACUUGGAACUGGCUAAAAGAGCGGAUCGAAGAACAAAAGAGGAAUCCACCAGCCCCUGAUGCCAAUCCAUUAUCGUGCCAGCUCACUCUAACAGUUCCAAUUCUCGAUCACGGAAUAAGACCCGAGCAGGCACUAAGCCUCCACCUCAUUGGAGAUGAUCACCAGAUCGAUAUGGUAUUUAAACGGUGGGAAUUUCAGCAGAUUUACGAUUACAUCCUGGAACGACUGAGAAAAGUUCACCGUCAUCGUCGAAAUUCUACCUUCCCGGACGGUAGCGCUAUUGCGAUGUGGUUUAGCGCCACAGAACGUGAGGAGAACUACCCAUCCGUCAUAAUGCAAGUUCACAGCCAUGAUUCAGACGCAGAGAAGCGUCGAAAACUGACUGAGGCUUUUGCCGGUCGUAUUCAAACGUUCUCGAAUAUUUGGUUCCGUCCGGAGUAUCGAGUUUUCACCAUUCAGGACCAUAAAGAGCCUGCCCGUAUCUGGCAAUGGAAUACGACUGACGAACAACAUAAUACUUCGCUCGAGAACUUCAGAGCAAAUGUUAGUCAAAUGUAUGAUGAUUGGGACCCUGUUCUCGACUCGAACUUUGUCUUGAUGGGACCACAUAAGAACCAUGUAUUUGGCGUAGAUCGGAGAACCACGGAGAGUUAUUGGAGAAGGUAUAUCUUCGAUUGGUUCACUGAGACAGAUAUCUAUGUAGAGCGGAGAGGCACUAGGACUUUCAUACAGCCUGAUACUAUCCCAUGGGGUUAUAGACACACUCGUCAAUUACCUCCUCCUGCUCCGGUGGACCUCAAUCCAGUACCUGUAGCACCUGUCGUCGAUACAUUUCAACAGCCUCGUAUUAACAAAACACGACUCAUUUUAGCCACCGCUGAAAAGACAAUAACUCCAAAAUGGGAGACUUGGAUGACAGAUCAACAUCGUAAAGAUGCAUUGCAACGUCGUUCUUACAUUCAGGAUCAAUCUGUCAUUGAACCUGGGUUUGAUCCUUCAGCACCCACCUACGGGCCCAGUAAAGAGUUGUCCUUAGGAGUUUCUAUACAAACUCCUUCAGUUUAUACGCAGCGCUUGACCCCUACUGAUAUCUUGCAACUAGCAGAGGAGAAUCAAAAAUUAAGAAAUGGACUGCUGGAACGAACCUACAACUGUUCUGUCUGCUCAGUGACCCUGGCUGGUUAUGAACAUGCUGAAAUACAAACGCAUUAUGCGCAGCAUCUUAUUCAGCUUCAGAGGGAAGGGCAGUGUCCCCUUUGCGAGCGCGAAUCUUGGUCCAUUAUGACCAUGGAGCAAAAGAAAGAGCAUCUAGAAACCCACCAAGUGGAGGCAGAUACCGCAAUGAUCCGCAAUUUCUGGAACAGUAUUGAAUGUCCCUUAUGCGAUGCCAAACUUAGUGGUUUUACAGCGGAACAGGUUAUUCGCCAUAUGGCGGAUCAUUUACCAGGCAUUGUCGAAUUUUGUGACAAGUGUGGACUUCGUACCGCAAUCUGUAACCAUGCCGAAUUAGUUCAUCACAGAUAUGUAUGCCUUGAUAAGCCAGAUCGUGGACCACUCGACCUAGCGCCUUCAUUCUGCCGCGAUUGUGGUCAAAAUCGUACAGCUGAGGACGAGGCAGAACGCGGUUCUCAUGUUAUCAACUGUACCGCUAAGAAUCGAGUUCAAGGUGAAAAGUUCUGUACUAAAUGUGGCAUUGACAAGAGUGCAUGGGGUUCAGACGAAAUCAAGAACCAUGACGACCAUUGUACAUCACCACAAGGUUUGCCGAAGAAGUAUUGCUUGAGAUGUGGCACAAAAUUGUUUGGUGCCAACGAAGCGCAAUUGGAUGACCAUAGAGUGUACUGUUCCAUCAGAACAAAAGAGCCGGAGAAUUUAAAGCAUCGAAUUGAAGAGCUUCAAGCCCGCACCGCAACACUGAAUCGCGUCGCGGCCAAAAAUGCAGCCACUCUCUCCUGGAUAACUAAGCGAGAAGGCGAGAUCGCCGAAAGCGAAAGAGCAUUAGCCGAGAGAGAGUCACAUCUUCCGCAAGAAGACAGACCAUUGAUACCUUACGCUCAGGAUAAAGAAAAUCUUGGGAAGUGCCCGUGGGCUCUCUAUGGGUGUAAUUUCCACACCGUUGGCAUGAGCCGCGCGGAAAUUUUUCAACACAUGUCUUCGCACUUUGAUCCAAAACAAGCUCAUCCAUUCGCCUGUCCAUUCCCUGGUUGUGGCAAGGGAAUAGCCGUACCCGGCUCAAAUCCUGGAAACAACAUUCCAAUCGAAGAUCAUUAUCGUCACCGCAGCUAUCAAGGUAUCGCAGACGUAAUCGGCGUGCCAAAGGUAUUCAAAGACGGUAGUACUAGAGAUGUCAGUAAACUCAAAGCGUUGUUGGAGCAUUUCGAAAGAGCCAAUGCAAUGAAUGCGCAAACCCUUGACAGAAAUCUGACCCCACUCCCCGAACCGGGCCAAGCAAAUUUUACGGCUUUAGUAGCUUCUGGUGGAGGAGCGGGGUCCCAAAAAUUUGGUCCCAACGCCCAAAAAACCGGCUACGCAUUUCAAGCAUCAUGGAUAUCUUCCGAAGACGAAGGAAUACACCACAGUAUCGAAAACGAUGACUUAGCACACUAUCAAGACGACGAAGAUCUCUUUUUACUUGGUGAUUACGAGCCUGAGCCAGAACCCGAAAUCAUAAGAAAAACACCCAGCAAACCUAAAUCCUCUCGUCCACAACCUAUCCUUCCAGUCUCCCCUACGAAACGUAAAGCUUCCGCUCCUAUCCCAGAAGAAGAAUUAAGUCCACCCGCUACUCGAUCAACUAAACGUAUGCGCACGGCAAUCCAAACUCCCAGUGUUGAAUCAGAGUCUGGAGAAGAGGAAGAAGAAGAGGAAGGAUCAGGACUGGAACUAGAACCGGAACCAGAACCAGAACUGGAAACAGAAACAGAAACGGAACCAGAGCCAGAACCGAAAGCAAAACCAGUGUCGAGAAGACCAAGUACACGCACUCCGAGAAAUAUCUCACAGUCCAAACCGAACUUUUUCAAUUUUGAAGAUGAACAUGAAGAUGAGGAUGUAGAAGAGGAUUUAGAUGUGAUUUGGGAAGAAUAUGAGGCGGAUACACAGGAGAACGAGGUCGAGCGGCUGAGAGGUUAG